AUGGACGGGCCUGGCGGGGCUGCUUACAACGCGGGGACGGUGCGCUGGGUUUCUUUAACACCUGCGGCACCCUGGACCCUCAUCAUCCUUCCAGAGAUGGUCGAGGCCCCACCCAGACCCAGCUCAGUCUCCUGGUGUCAGGCCCCCAAGCCAGAGGAUGCCAUUCCUGUCCUGUCCCCGCUGGGGCUGCUGGUGUCCCCGCUGUCUCCCCCACUGAAGGAAGCCACUCUCAUCACGCUGACGGUCCUCACCAUGAGAAUCAAGCGCGGACUGGUGAGGCAGGUGCUAGGCCCGCUCCAGAGCGGGGACGGGGACGAGCGAGGAGCGCGCAGCGGCGACGCACAGGAGCGGCAGCCUCGGGUCAGCAAACCUAGAGCCUUUGCGUGGGCGCGGAGCCCUCCUCUCCGCGGCUUCCUAGCCUGUCCCACUCCCAGGCCACACGCCGCCGACGCCGGUGCCACAGGGUCCAACCGGGCGAACGGGAUCGCAGCGCGCGGGGCGCGGGGAGGAGUUCCGGCGCGCAUGGGGCGUGGCGACCGGGCAGGGGCGUGGCUAGGGCGGAGUUGCGGCGGCGCGGGGCGUGGCCUCCCAACGGGCACCGCCCCCCAGCUGAGCCGGGACCAGGACAGCAGACUCGCAGACUUCAGAGGCUCGGGUGGCGGCGGUGGGCGCCGAGGGACCCCCGCCCCGGGCCCUGGCCCCCCGCUGCUGGCCGUGCUGCUGGCCGUGCUGCUGGGCGGCGCGGGCGCGCAGUACUCGAGCGACCUGUGCAGCUGGAAGGGGAGCGGGCUGACGCACGAGGCCCACAGGAAGGAGGUGGAGCAGGUGUACCUGCGCUGCUCCUCAGGCGCUGUCGAGUGGAUGUACCCGACCGGGGCUCUCAUCAUCAACCUGCGGCCCAACACCUUCUCGGCCUCCCGACACCUGACUCUGUGCAUCAAGCCCCUCAGGGACUCCUCAGGGGCCAAUAUUUAUUUGGAAAAAACUGGAGAACUGACACUGCUCGUGCGGGAUGGGGACCACGGGCUCCGCCAGGUGCGGUGCUUCGGCUUCCAGCAGGGCGGCCUGUUCGUGGAGGCGACACCCCAACAGGACAUCAGCAGGAGGACCACGGGCUUCCAGUAUGAGCUGACCAGCAGGCGCACAGGGUCGGACCUGCAUGCUCUCUCGGCCCCGUGCCGCCCCUGCAGUGAUACGGAGGUGCUCCUGGCCGUCUGCACCAGUGACUUCGUCGUCCGAGGCUCCAUCCAGGAGGUGACCCAUGAACUGGAGCAACAGGAGUCGGCCAUCCACCUGCACCUGAGCCGGCUCUACCGGCAGAAGAACAGGGUCUUCCAGCCCGCCCCGGAGGGUGGUGGCUGGCGGGGCCGUGUCACAACGCUGCUGGAGUGUGGCGUGAGGCCCGGGCGCGGCGAGUUCCUCUUCACCGGCCACAUGCACUUUGGGGAGGCCUGGCUCGGCUGCGCCCCACGCUUUAAGGACUUCCUAAGGAUGUACAGGGAUGCCGAGGAGAGGGGCCUGAACCCCUGUGAGAUGGGCGUGGAGUGACCACUGCUGGUGCCACGAU